AUGUCUUUGCUGGGACAGCUACCAGCUCCAGUUCAGAAGAGUGGAGAUGACUACGGGACUGCUCUGAAUUUAAAUGUAGGUUCGAGAGUACUUGUCGCCAAGUCAACAAUCCCGCCGUACGGACACAGAAAGAAUUGGGUACCACGCACUCAAGAGGAUUUUCUAGAUGGAGGGGCAUUUCCCGAAAUCCAUGUCCCCCAGUAUCCUCUUGGAAUGGGACAAGAAAAAAAUUUAUCAAACGCCCUGGUUAUGAAAACUGACAAAGAUGGGAAGAUAAGAUACGAUGAACUUGUCCGUCAAGGGCAUAGCAAAGACAGGAUCAUCUAUUCUAAGUUUUCGGACUUACUACCCAAAUCUAUUGAAGACGAUGAUCCUGAGCUGAGUAAACCCAGUCAGGAAGCAAUUGAAGAGACAACAGAAAAAACACGGAGAGCCUUAGAAUCACUAGUAGAAAUGAAAGUGGCUGCCGCUGCACCUGUUCGUCGAGCAGAGAAAACAAAUCCUGCUGAAUACAUUCGUUAUACACCUUCACAACAAGGAGCUGCCUUCAAUAGUGGAGCCAAACAACGUCUUGUCAGAAUGGUGGAAAUGCAGAAAGACCCCAUGGAGCCUCCCAAAUUCAAAAUCAACCAGAAGAUUCCCCGGGGGCCUCCUUCUCCACCACCACCUUUGAUGCACUCCCCGGCAAGAAAAGUCACCGUUAAGGAACAACAAGAUUGGAAGAUUCCUCCGUGCAUUUCUAAUUGGAAAAAUCCAAGGGGAUAUACCAUACCGUUAGACAAACGAGUUGCUGCAGAUGGCCGUGGACUUCAAACAGUUCACAUUAAUGAGAACUUUGCAAAAUUAGCUGAGGCACUUUAUACAGCAGAUAGAAAAGCUCGUGAAGCUGUAGAAAUGAGAGCGCAGAUUGAAAGAAAAGUUGCCCAGAAAGAGAAAGAACGAAAAGAGGAGCAGCUACAAAGAAUUGCUCAGCAAGCUCGUGAAUCUCGAGCUGGUCUCCGUAGACCUGGUGCAGUGGAUGGUGAAGAUGCUGAUCCUGGUUUGAAUGAUCGUGAAGAAUUGAGACGUGAUCGUGCAAGAGAUCGUGCUCGAGAAAGGAAUCUAGCUCGUGCCAACACAGAGACUAAAGCUAAGGUGGAAAAAGACAAAGAUCGGGACAUAAGUGAGCAAAUUGCACUCGGGCUUCCUAAUCCUCGGUUUAAUGCAACGAGUGAAAGUCAGUUUGAUCAGAGGCUUUUCAACCAGUCGAGAGGUUUAGACUCAGGUUUCGCAGGAGGCGAGGAUGACCUUUACAACAUUUACGAUAAACCGUGGAGAGGAGACUCAGAACUUGGAACUCAUAUAUACCGUCCACGUCAAAAGGAUAAUGACGCUUAUGGUACAGAUCUUGAUGCACUAAAGAAAACCAAACGCUUUGUUCCUGACCGUGAGUUUUCAGGAGCUGACCAUUCUCGCCGAUUGGAUGGUCCAGUUCAGUUUGAACGAGAUGAAGAGGAUCCCUUUAAUCUCAGCAAAUUUUUGUCCAAAGUCAAGAAGGCAGAAAAGCGGCCAGGGGAAGGUGCAUCAGGAGCAGAUGUUAGCAAUCGAGAUACUACUCAUCGAAAGAGGGAUCGCAGAGAUUAG